GGUCCGACAUGUCCGAUCCGCCAUAUCGCUACUUCACCCAAAUCGGGGACCCAGUCCUCCGGCAAAGAUCUGAGGAGGUUCCGGAGGAGCGCAUUGAUUCGCCAGAAAUCGAUCAGAUUAUAGAUCGCAUGGUGAAAGUGUUACGUCACUACGACUGUGUUGGGGUGGCGGCGCCACAAAUUGGAAUACCAUUGCGCAUUAUCGUCAUGGAGUUCCGUGAGGGAAAACGGGAGCAGUACAAGCCGGAGAUUUACGAGGAGCGUAAAAUGUCCACACUGCCUUUGGCCGUCUUUGUUAAUCCCGAGCUGGAGAUAGUCAGUGGCCAGAUAAACACACAUCCCGAGGGUUGUAUGAGUGUUCGCGGAUACUCGGCGGAGGUGGGAAGAUUUGAUAAGGUCCGCGUUCGAGGAGUCGGCAAGCUGGGCACGCCCUCCGAAAUGGAGCUCGAGGGCUGGAAUGCCAGGAUCGCCCAGCACGAAACGGAUCACCUCAACGGUUGCAUCUACGUGGACCGCAUGGACGCGUCCACGUUUCAAUGUGUCAACUGGGAGCAGAUCAACGCCGCCGAGGGUCGCUCGGCUCUUUGGUUUCACAAGUAAAAUACCUAAUGCUUCCAUUCUUAAAGAAUUUAUUGUAAUUUUGCGGCAUUUGAACUUAAUAAAAUAAAGC